GGAGAGGCUGCGGCGGCAGCCGCAUGGCCUCGUCUCGCCGCGGCGAGCGCGCGGGCGAGCGAGCGGGGCCGCAGGGGGACUGCGACGCGCUGCUGGAGCGGCUCCGGCGGUUGGAGGCGAAGGUGAUCGCCAACCACGCCGAUUUCAUCGAGCACCGCUCCGAGACCGAACGGGCGCUCGAGGAGCUCGCGCGCGCCCAGCGCGACGGCGAAACCCACCAGGCGGAUGUGGAGGCUCGGCUGAGCCGCACCGCGAAGCUGGCGCGCGGUGUGUACGACCAGCAGCUGGAGUUGCAGGCGGACACCGACGGGCGGCUGCUGCGGCUGCAGGAGGCGAUCACGCCACCUGGCGGCAGCGCGGGCGGCGCGCCGCCGGCCGAGCCAGUGCACGCGGACACGCUGCGAGUCCUCGUGGACGCGUGCGGCGAGGCUUGGCUCGAGCGGGCUUCGACGGAGGUCGCCGGCGCCCUGCAGGAGGCGCGCCGCGAGCUGCGCGAGGAGCUGGACGCGCGGCUCCCAGCGCAGUCCGAGGCCUGCCAGGGCCGCAACGGCGUCCUCAGUGAUGCCGUCGCGGCUGAGCUGAGGCAAGCCAGCAUCCUUCUGGAGAGGGAGGCGCGGUUGCUGCUGGAGCAUGUGCGCGAAGUGGCCGAGAGCCACCAUGCGAGGGUGCGCGACGAGGCUGUGGACACCAUCGAGAGCACAGUGUUGGAGGCCUUGGCGGACGCGCGCGAGCAGAUACAGCAUCAGGCCGCCGCACAGCGGUGCCAGUCGGAGUCCGCCGUGGAGGCAGCGACCGCGGGAGCGACCGCGCGGUUCGAUGCUCUGUUCGGCAGCCGGCUGGAGGCUUUGGAGGCCGCCGCGAAGGGGUGCGACCGCGUGCACAUCAUGGACACCACGCCGCCCGACGCGGCCACCUCUGCGCACGCCGUGGUGGAGGCGGCCCUAGAGGCUGCCGCGCAGGAGUGCGACCGCGCGACGGGGCGUACCCUGGGCGGCUGCGACGCGGCGGCUGGCGGCCAUGGCGCCGUCCAGCGCGAGCUGCUGGACGAGUUGCGGGCCUGCGCGGCGGAGCAGCGAGGCAGGAUCCAGGACGCCGAGGGCGAGGCCAUCGCGUCGGUGCGGGAGGCCCAGAGGCUGGCGAGCCAGCGGCUGGACGGCAGCGGCGCAGAGGCGGCCAGGCUCCUGUCGGAGGAGGCGGCGGCCUGGGGCGCCGCCACGAGGGAGGAGGCGGCCGCGGCGCGGAGGGGCGCGGAGGCGAGCGCCCGCCUGGAGGGCGAGAGCGCCACCGCCCUGGAGGGCGCGGCGCGCUCCGCGGCAGAGGCGGCGAGGUGGGGCGCCAGCGCGAGGCGGGACGCCGCCGCGCUGCGGGAGGCCGAAGCCGCGGCCAGCGCGCCGCCUCCGGGCGAGCGGGCCGCGGGCGCGUCGGGGGAGGAGCUCGCCGAGCUGCGGGAGGCCAUCGGCGCGGUGCGCGGGGAGGUCUCCGCGGGGAUCUCGCAGCUGACGGCCGCCUCAGAGCAGGGCAUCACCGUCGCCUCGCGGAUCUGGGAGCAGUGCGCGGGCCUGCGGGGAGAGGCGGCCGAGGACGCCUCGCGGCACGCGGAGGCCCUCGCGGCGCUCGCGCGGGACGCCGAGCGCGCCCUGGGGGAGAAGGUCCACGACUCCUGCGAGCGGAUCAGCGACCACGUCCGCGCCGAACUCGCGGGCGAGCAGGUCGCGGGACAGCUGGCCACAGAGGCCAGCGCGGCGAUGCGGAGGGCCCGCGACUCGUUUGGAGCGGAGCUUCAGGACGAGUUGAAGAGGCGGCUCGUGGCCGCCAGCGCUGCGCUCGCCAGCCUGCUCGACGAGAGGAUGGAGUCCGGCGGAGCUGCCAUGAGCACUAUGGCGGACGCCGCAGUCGGCGAGGCGCGCAGCCGCCUGUUGGAGGAGGCCGCGGGCCUAGAGCGGAGGGAGGUCACAGCGGGGAUCUCAGAGCUGGCCGCUUCCUCGGCGCAGUUGUGCGCGGGCCUGCGGGGAGAGGCGGCCGAGGACGCCUCGCGGCACGCGGAGGCCCUCGCGGCGCUCGCGCGGGACGCCGAGCGCGCCCUGGGGGAGAAGGUCCACGGCUCCUGCGAGCGGAUCAGCGACCACGUCCGCGCCGAACUCGCGGGCGAGCAGGUCGCGGGACAGCUGGCCAGCGCGGCCAGCGCGGCGAUGCGGAGGGCCCGCGACUCGUUUGGAGCGGAGCUUCAGGACGAGUUGAAAGGGCGGCUCGUGGCCGCCAGCGCUGCGCUCGCCAGCCUGCUCGAGGAGAAGAUGGAGUCCGGCGGAGCUGCCAUGAGCACGAUGGCGGACGCCGCAGUCGGCGAGGCGCGCAGCCGCCUGUUGGAGGAGCUGGACGAGUUCUGGAGCCGGCUGGAGGCCGAGCCGGGCUUUGGCAGUAGGGCGUGGCAGUUGCCCGGCCACGGCCAGCCUGGAUAUGCAGGUGCCGCGGCGGCCUUGCCCGCCGAGGAGCACACAAGGCAGCUCGUGGCGGAGGAGCUCCGCGCCCGGGCCACCCAGGCCAGGGCUGUCGGCGAGGCGAUGGCGCGGCAUGCGCUGGACGACGCCACCCGCGAGGAGUUGCGCGCUGGCCUCGCAGCUGUGGGUCUGGAGCAGACCUCCAACGUGCCCGCCGCCGGCCAGGCAGUGCUCGAGCGGGUGGCGCAGGCCCGCUGGCUGCUGCUGCACCUUCGCUCUGAGAUGGCCCGGGAGCUUGCCACCGGCGAGACCAGGGGCCUCAUCCAGCAGGAAGCACGGGACGCCGCGCUGGCCUGCGCCGACCACCAGAUGUCGGCGCUCCGCCAGCAGGUCGCGGAGGCCCUGGCUGACCACGAGGCCCGCGUGCGGCGGGAGGUCGCCGCCUACGGCGCGGAGGACGGCCGGGAGCUGCGCGCCGAGGAGGCGCGCGUGGCCGAGGCCGUGCGGCGUGUGGCCGAGGCCGUGCGGCGCGUGGCCGGCGAGGCCACGGAGGCGCGGGCUUCGGUGGCGGCCCAGCAGGCGGAGGCCCUCCAGGAGCGGAUCGCGGGCCUGGCCCGCGACGACGCGCUGCGGUCCGACCUGGCCGAGCUGCGGGCCGCCUCCGACGCGCGGCUGUGCACGCUGCGGGCCGAGCUGGCGGAGCUCGACCGCAGGCUGAGCUGCGAGGCCGUGCGCCUGGAGGAGGCGGCCGCCGCCGGCGCUGAGCGGGCCAUGGAAGGGGUGGCCCAGAGCGUGGCCCAGCAGCUCCACGCCACGGAGGCGCGGGUCCUGCAGGGCCUGCCCGCGUCGCGCCACGGCGGCGCGAACUCCGCGCCGCGGAGCUUCCUGCAGGCGCAGCUCCACGCCGCGGCGGGGCAGGUCCGCCAGGACGGCGCCGGCGCGGGCGGCCAGUGAGCGGCCGCCCCGGGGGAUGGGCGCUGGGUUCUUGGAGAAAGGGUGG